GAAAACAGUCUCGUCAACAUGCCGGUGUCGGAUAUCUUGCGCGUGCCAUGCUCACCCUAACCCCGGUUUUCCGCUCCCCACCGCAAAACAUUUUCACGGCUGCAACACCGAAUUGGCGCAUCAUGACGAAGCCGGAACCGGGGUAGUCCUCACCUCACCAUACACCAAACCACCAUCUCCUUUGCGUUGACGACACACGUGGUGACACUGAUCUGAUUCGUCAAAUACCUUGGGCGAUUCUCUUUCAGCCAGCCAGUGCGCCAAAAGCAGCCACCAGGGUCUCACCAAGUCUUCACGUGGCAUCCCGCAGAACACCAUGGCAGACCCUUGUCGCAUCGUCGUGAUGGCCAGUGGGAAUGGUUCGAAUUUCCAGGCCCUCAUCGACGCCGUCGCCGCCGGCCGGAUCGCAGAUUCCAAAAUUGUCCGCCUGAUUGUGAACCGGGGGAAGGCAUAUGCAACCACCCGAGCAGACCUUGUCGGUAUCCCAUGGGAGUAUUUCAACCUGAUCUCGCACGGAUUUCAGGCCAAGGGCGAAAAGGACAUGCAGAAGAUCCAAGAAUCGAGGGACAAGUAUGACGCGGCGUUGGCGGAGAAGUUGUUGCAGGGUGACUUCAAGCCAGACCUCGUGGUCUUGGCCGGCUGGAUGUACGUGUUUGGCAAGCACUUCCUGGACCCCAUCGAUGCUGCGGGCAUCAAAAUUAUCAACCUCCAUCCCGCACUGCCAGGAAAAUACGAUGGCGCCGGGGCGAUCGAGCGAGCCUUCAACGACUUCAAGGAAGGCAAGCUCGAAAACAACAAGACAGGCAUCAUGGUUCACUAUGUCAUCGACAAAGUCGACCGGGGCGAGCCGAUUCUGGUGAGAGAGAUCGAAUGCCGUGCAGGGGAGGAACUGCAUCAGCUCGAAGAGAGGAUACACUCACAAGAGCACGAGUUGAUUGUCGAGGCCGCCGCAAAAGUAGCCCGGGAGAUUGUUGCCCAAAAGAGCAAGACACAAUAGAUGAGCUUCAAAUCCGAAGUUUUUGGGCGUCUCGUAUGUGUUCCGGCCAAAGGCGCAGUCCUGCUGAAUUAACUCGGCGAGGGUGCUCACCGGAAGUCAAGGCCAGGGCUUGCUGAGGAGUUGCGUGUCUGUACUGUGCAACUUGAGAUAUUCUGUAAGCCUGAACCCCGCAUACGUCGCACUCAUGCAUGGCUUGACGGCUGCGUCUCGCCAUCUUGUUUGGU